UUUCUCAAUACUUCCCAUCACCACAAUAUUCUUCACCUAUCUCUUUCACAAAGGAGAGCACAGAAAAAAGGGGCUCUUGUUCUUGUUCAAGUUAUUGAUCAAUGGCUAAGGAUGUUGAGGUUGGUGGUGAGUUCCAAGCCAAGGACUACCAUGAUCCUCCACCAGCUCCAUUUGUAGAUGCCCAAGAGUUAACUCAGUGGUCUUUUUAUAGGGCUAUAAUAGCUGAGUUCAUUGCCACCCUUUUGUUUUUAUACAUCACUGUGUUAACAGUGAUUGGAUACAAGAGCCAAGUUGAUCCAGAUAAGGGUGGUCAAGAUUGUGAUGGUGUUGGCAUUCUUGGUAUUGCUUGGGCCUUUGGUGGCAUGAUUUUCAUCCUUGUUUACUGCACUGCUGGUAUCUCAGGGGGACAUAUCAACCCAGCAGUGACCUUUGGGCUUUUCUUGGCUCGUAAGGUAUCAUUGGUUCGAGCCAUACUUUAUAUGGCUGCUCAAUGUUUAGGAGCCAUUUGUGGGUGUGGAUUAGUGAAGGCAUUCCAAAAGAGUUAUUACAACAAGUAUGGUGGAGGAGCUAAUAGCUUGGCUGAUGGAUACAGCACUGGCACUGGUUUGGCUGCUGAAAUUAUUGGCACAUUUGUGCUUGUUUACACUGUAUUCUCUGCAACUGAUCCCAAAAGAAACGCAAGAGAUUCUCAUGUUCCUGUGUUGGCACCACUUCCCAUUGGGUUUGCUGUGUUUAUGGUUCAUUUGGCAACUAUUCCGAUCACCGGAACCGGAAUCAACCCUGCUCGUAGUUUCGGAGCUGUUGUUAUGUUCAACCAGGACAAGCCAUGGGAUGAUCAUUGGAUAUUCUGGGUUGGACCAUUCAUUGGAGCUGCCAUUGCUGCAAUUUAUCACCAGUAUAUCCUCAGAGCAGGAGCUGCUAAAGCUCUUGGAUCCUUCAGAAGCAGCUCAGCCAUGUAAAACAAAGGGGUUGACAUUGAAGAAUGUAUCAAGUUUUAUCUAUGAUUGUGAAGAGAAUUUUUCAGAGCAUUGAAUUUGUAAAUCAUAAUGGAAAUGUGACAUGCUUCUUUGCAUUUGGCACUUCAAUUUUUAAAGUGCCCCUAGUGUUGUCAUCAUCCCUGUUUUUCUUUCUGUUUUUGGCUUCGUCUUGGUGUCUGUAUGUUGAAAUUUUAAUAGAAUCUAAGCCUUUUUACUUUGCUUUAAA